AUGGGUCGUGAAAAAGACGUUUCGACACGCCUCAUUCGACCAACCAUUCCAGAAUUUGACACUGCCCGACUACUUCUCUUUGUUGAACGAUGGAAUCCGAGCUGGGAGCACGACGCUUCUAUCAAAAUUUUCGACGAAGGAAUCGCGCAGUAUAUGCUCGUUGAUAUAGAGUCGCACUACAAGUACAUGGCUGCGCUGAUUCUCUCAAAGCCGAGCUUACGAUGUCGGAUUGUCGACCAUGAACCCGAAGACUUCCUGGAUUCUGAGGACAACAUAAUCACCUUGGUACGUUUUCCCGGACUAGUUUUUUCUGCGAGCUCGAAAUUACGACUUUCAACUAACCUCGGAUGUUACCAAUUAAAACCACAACGAUGCUGA